GGCGCAGAAGUAAGGAAACAAGACACUACUUAAAAUGAGGUAACAACGCCUCUAAUCAGAGUUGUACAGGCAGUGGCAUUCGUCAGAUUGUAGGCUGGUCUGCAUGACUCCACUACACGUUUUUCAAGGGAUUUAUUCACCCAAGCAUCACUGGCUAGCGCACUAGCUCCACGCUGCACUAAUCCAUCUACCGAGAGAGGGACGAUCGAGAGAAAAGGUUUACUGAAAUAUUAUUGGGAAAAAUGCGCACAAGGCAUUUGCAUCUGUAAUACUUUUAAACAACUUUGACAAGUUCCGGAAUGGAGAAUAAGGCCAUGUACUUGAGUACAUACGAAGAGAGGGAGAACGGAUCCAUCUACGAAGAGGGCUAUGAUGGCAGGAAUCUAUCAAAGCUCAACCUGUGUGAAGAUGCUGGUUCUGCCAAGAGAAGAAGGAAGACAGACAAUUGCUGCAACCACCUGAACUCCAUGUCGGCUAUAAAAUAUGCAAUUGUGUCCCUUUACAUCUUGGUCCUCCUGACUAUCUUUGGUCUCUGUUUAGCCGUGUCCAGGUCCCCGACUUCAUCGGAAAAGCAGGAGGCACUCAUGGAGAAUAUGACCCAUUUGGGAGAUCGCUCUCAGCAACUCCAGCAGUCCCUGGGUAACAUCUCCUCUCAGGCAGACCUCCUGGAGAACAUCUGGAAGCUGGAGAACCUGUUCCAGAACCACAGUGAGUCCUUACAGCAGCUGGGCCGGGCAGUGCGUGGUCUGGAGAGGGACAUCAGGGAUCUGCAAGGCCACUCCCAGUUCACAGACAGCACAGUGUGGCAGCUAGGGGAACAUGUCUCCGCCCUAAACCGCUCCAUCCAGAGGAAUGUGAGCGGGUUAAGCAAUCAGUUGGCCCUGGCCUCAGUCUCGUUGCAGGACCAUGACCUCCUGCUGAGGAGUGCGGCAGACCAGGUGGAUCAGCUUAAGGAGAAGCUAGAAGAGGUGGACUGGACAGUUGGUGCUGUCAACCACACAUUUGUCAGCGACAUCAGCAUCCAUCACCUGAAGAUACAGGACCUGCAGGGGCAGAUCAGCAACGUGAGUCAAGACACAAGGUACAUGAGGGCUACUCAGAUACACAUGGAGGAGACCUUGAAGAACGAGGUGGAGAUACUCAGCACCAUCACAGAGGACCUGAGGCUCAAGGACUGGGAGCACUCCAAUCUCCUAAAGAACAUCACAUUCUUACAAGGGCCUCCAGGACCGAAGGGUGAAAAGGGCGAUCUGGGGCCAUUUGGGUCCCCUGGUGUGGCAGGCCUCACAGGGAUGAGAGGUUUUACAGGAGAAAAGGGCGUACAGGGUCCAAGGGGACUAAAGGGACCAAACGGACCCAACGGCCUACCGGGGGAGAAAGGGGAUGUGGGACCCGAAGGGCAAAAAGGUGACAGAGGAGAUAGAGGACCAAAGGGUGAGAAGGGAGACCAAGGCAACCGUGAUGAAAGAACAGGUGAUGCCAUUGGCAAGACACUGGUGAGACUGGUGAAUGGAUCAGGCCCUCAUGAAGGAAGAGUGGAGGUGUUCCACGAGGGGCGCUGGGGAACAGUAUGUGAUGACGUCUGGGACAAGAAAGAUGGCGAUGUGGUGUGCAGGAUGCUUGGCUACACAGGAUCCUUCGAGAUCCAUAAAACAGGCCGGUUUGGCCAAGGUUCUGGGCUCAUAUGGAUGGACGAUGUAGCCUGCGUUGGGAAUGAGGACACCAUUCAGAAGUGCAAGUUCUCAGGCUGGGGCAAGACAAACUGUGGACACGUGGAGGAUGCGGGGGUGACAUGCAACACCUAACACCCACCUUCUGAACUCACUCCUAGUUCGGUUCCGCAGAGAGAAUUUGCAGUUGACGGGGCAGCGUGAGGUAGAGGGACUUGAUCCUGCAGUCCUACAGCCAUCCACUGCUGUGGACGUUCUGUGCAAACACAGUUUGACCUCUUGCAGGCCAUUGUCUUCAGUAUGUCAAGUAUAAUGCUGGUACUUAGCUCGGUUUAGGGGCCAAAAAAAAAUCAGGCAUUUACUAAUUAUUGUCUAGUUGUUAAAGAUGCAACGAAAAGCAAUGAAACAAAUGUCAACUUUUUGCCUGUGGAGCCAAGCACUGAGCUCACUGUCUCCAUCCAGUCUUUCACAGAUUGCAGCCAAAAGUGACACUCUCUUCAUUGACAAUUGCAGGGGCUGUUUGCAAUUGUCAAUACUGAGGCUUGGUUUAUGUAUGGCAACCUUGACUCUGAUCAUGAUUAUGAUAAAUUAAAGCCUAAAGGCUAGUAAAGGUUCUUGGAAAAUAUCAAGCAAAAUGGUAAAAUAGUAUUCAAAAUGAAUUAUGGUUUCUCACUUGAAAUAUACAGGGAAUUAUGAAUUAUUUUGUCAAAUAAAAGAAUGUUUUAAGAUACUUUCACAUUUAAACCAGGUGAUAAAUUGGUGUGAUGGCUGUAAGAAAGUCUGCAGUAUUUCUGAUAUAUUUGAUUCUUUUCUAUAGAUGAUUUGGUGCUAAAUAUGGGAUAAGUAGUCAAAUGUGCUUCGGUCCUGGGGACAAGGACUGUCUUUCGUUAUUUCAGAUAUUAUUCUCACUUUUAUCCAUUACAUUUUAUGGUAGGGGUGUUGCAGCGCACAGCUAAGCCAAAAGCCAAAGAUUACCUCAACCUCCCCAUCUCUGAGUAUUUUUUUCAGAUCAUGCUUUGCUCAUGAGAAAGUUCUUUCAACAGAAAAGGGAGAAAAAUAUUUUCUAACGAAAUUCUACUGAAAUAUUUUCAUAGAAGAGAUGUUUUCUGUUUUUAUUUUACAAAUGUUACUUUCUAUAGUAUAUGAUCAUAACUUGUAUAAUCCGGUCAAAAUAUUAUACAGUCUGCUGAUCUGCCUGUGAAUUUAAAAACAUGUCAUUCUUGCAUGGAGCUUCUCUGUUCUGUAAAUUCAUCACUGGGAGGUAAUGCUUACAUUUAUAUGUUGAAUGUUGCAGACUGCUUUUGGUUUGUAUAAGUUCCAGCUGUUUGGAACACACUAUACCAUACCACGAUGAUGAUUUAGGGUACUAAGUGGGAUUGAUUAGUUAUGGUAUGUGGCCCAGUUGCCCUAAACACCAAUUUUAUUGGAAAUGGUUUAAUUGACAAGGAGUGUAAAUAUAUUUGUAUUGUGCUGCUCAUAACACCCAGACAAUAGAAAAGUGUGAAACAUUCAAAUAAAAACAGUACAUAAUA